AGCUCCAGCUCCAGCAGAUGGUGCCAUUCAUUGUUUUAGAGCGCGGUUGAUCGAUUAAGCGAAAACAGCGUCAUUUUAGACUGAGCGUGAAAAUGAGUAAUGCACAUAGCAUGCAUCGAUUUUGACGUGCGGAUGAUAAUAGACACGUAUAGAAGAAGCCCGUAGCAACACCGAAGUGUUGAGAAAAUGUGUUAAUUGAAUUGAAUAAAUAAUAUUAGAUCGGUGGCGUCUAGAAUUCAGAUCAAUUGUGUGAAACCUUCGUUGCCGAGAACAGCAUCGAUUCCGCGGUGGAGUGAUUUACCGCAGCCUGCGAGGCAAGUGUAAACUGAAGCAUCCUUGUGGUGAAAUUGAAGCACCCAGUGGUGAAAUCGUUACAAUUUGUACUGAUUUCUAACAGUCAUCCUAAGCACAAAUUGCGUGAAACAUGAGCACCCUGGCGCAGAUAACGAGUACUCUGUCAACUACCAAGCUCGCGGGCGAGGAAAAAGAAACGAAGCAAAAUGAUGUGCCGCUGGCAAACGGCACCACGGUUGAUAGCAACGGGACCUCGGAGCCGGCGGAGUUCGAAGAUCCAUUUUGCAACGCUGAUAAUCCACAGAUAAUUACUUUUCAGGAUGUUACCUCAGCGGCGUUCAAAAUCAAAAAAGGAAUCGAGCACACACCUUGUUCGAAAUCUCACCUAUCAGAAAUUCUCGACAUGGAUAUUUUUCUCAAAAAAGAGUUUCUCCAAUUCACCGGAAGCUUCAAGGAGCGCGGCGCACGGUACGCGCUGGUGAUGCUUACGGAGGAGCAACGAAAAAAGGGCGUUAUAUCGGCUUCCCUGGGAAACCAUGCUCAGGGACUCAGUUACCACGGCUGGAAGCUGGGAAUCCCGGUGACGGUGGUUAUGCCACUGAAAGCAUCGCUGAUGAAGAUACAAAAAUGCCGUGACUAUCAUGCAAAUGUCAUCGUUCAGGGCUGCGACAUGGGAGAAGCAAAAAAGAUUGCGCUGAAAAUGGCACACGAAACGGGUCUCACGUACAUCAACGGGUACGAUCAUCCGCACAUCAUGGCCGGCCAGGGCACAAUUGGACUGGAAAUCGCCGAACAAGUUAGCAACAUCGACGCCGUUGUGGUGCCCGUCGGAGGCGGAGGCCUGAUUGCCGGCGUUGCAACCGCCAUCAAAAACUUGAGCCCUCAAACCAAAAUCAUUGGUGUGGAAUCGGAAAAAUGUCCGAGCUUUACCAAAGCACUGGAGAACAAAGCACCGAUCUACACUCCAAACCAGCCUACGCUGGCAGACGGUCUGGCGGUGCCACAAGUAGGCUAUAACGCUUUCGCCACCAGCGUUCCACUGCUAGACAAAAUGAUUGUGGUGAAAGAGGAGUGGAUUGCCCUGGCCAUUUUGCGACUGGUUGAGCUGGAGAAAUGCGUAGUCGAAGGAGCUGGGGCUUCUGGAUUGGCUGCUAUUCUCGCUGGGCAUCUGGAUGAGUUCAAAGGCAAAAGAGUGGUCCUCCUGAUAUGUGGUGGAAAUAUCGACACUACCAUGUUCGGUCGAUGUCUGGAGCGUGGUAUGGCUGCCGAAGGACGCUUGCAAAGAUUUACAGUGACGGUCAGUGACGGCCCGGGUGGCUUAGCAACUUUGUGCAAGCAGUUAGCAGAUAUGGGAGUUUCCAUCAAGGAUAUAAUGCAUGACCGAGCUUUUAUUCGUGAUCUUCACAGUGUCGAGGUCAAAGUCAUUUGCGAAACAAGAGACUGGAACCAUUCGCAGGAGAUGCGGAAAAUGCUGCAGGAAAUAUACACACAUGUGCAGUUCUACGAUCUACCAAUGGCAAUAUAAAGGGGGCGAAUUGCGUUGCUCUCUCCUGCUGCAGCAAGCGUUCAGCAGGAAAAAAAACUUAUUCCCAGAUACGCAGAGGACUACAAUCGAGAGACAGCUGUGGCACCAACGUACCAGUUUUAAAGCAGACAGACUGUGUCAAACGAUCGAAGUAAAAUUUUAUGUAAACGAGGUCAAAUUGGCACUGUGAUAUAUCAUUCGAAAGGGAAUAACGUGUUAAAUACAGUUGGGUGCAAGAA